GCACUCGAAGGGUAUCCCUCUGCGCUGCUUUCAUGCAGUUAACACUGACUCUUGUGUGUAGAUAGUGUUACACGACAGAGGAAAAGGUUUUAGUUUAUUUUGCAUGCUUGUUGUUGAAAUGCUGAUGAAGAUCAUGUUCGAAGUAGAUGUAGGUCUUGAUCCAGUUCUUAUACAUACAUGUCACAGUAGGUACCAUAGAAGUUGUAUCCCUUAAAAGAUUCGUUGAUAGUUGUACUAGUUUUUAAUGCACCCUUCUGCAGCCAUGAGAGGAAACGACGAGGCUGAUCCUCGGGAUGUCGUCGUCGACUUGGACUUUGAUUCAGCUGCGGGGGAGACAGCUGGGGAAGCACAGAGAGAAACUGCCUUAGCGAUUGUAGUUCCAGAGGGAGAAGCGGCUGGGAAUAAUAACCAUGACGCAGCUCCUGAGGGUGAAGACGAGCAAAAUCGUGUGAUGUCUCCAGCUGAGGCGGCUGCUAUGAAAUGGAGAAGAGAGCACGACGAGAAAGCCCACCCAUGCGCGAUUGAGGCUAAGAAGCAAGGACACCCAGUCCAAAGGUUGGCGGGCAAAGGAGAGUCGCAAUGGAAGAUCAAUCAAGAAGCAAUGAUGGCAAAACAGGUGGAGGGAGAGGCAAAUCGUACAUUCCUGAUACUUUUUGGCAUCUGUCUCAACUUUUACUUUUUCAUGAUGUGUUAGGUCAUUUUGGAGCAGAAGGUUGUAUUUUGGAAAUUCGGGCAAACACAAACUCAUUCUAAUUCUUUGAUUUCAUGCAUCGAAAAGAACAGUGAACAGUUCGUUUUUUUCUCCAGUGGCAUAGGUAAAACCUUUUUUCACAACUAAAACACAACAGCCACCUUUUUCAAGAGAAUAGUGAAGGGCUUCACGGCCAUUCACCACUUCGCUGCUAGCACGCACACCACCCACUUGCGUGACCCAGAGCAUCACGCACAUAUUCAAAACGCUAAGCAGAAACAAAAGGCCAAGCGCCGGUCUCAGAAUGGUGGAGAUGGCAGCCAAGAGGGUGAUGAUCGGGCUUCUUCCACUAGAAGUGAUGCAGAGAACGCCACAGACUCGUCUUCCAGCGUCACUUGUAGCACAAGUAGCGUCUCCAGUUCUAACACCGAGAAGUCGACACAAGGUAGCUCUGACGUUCCCACGGAUAGUGAAGAGGGAGAUGAAGAUGCGUAUGCGGAGUUGAAGCCAUCGAAUAACCCUUACUUCGCGGUAGGGUUUCCGAUAGCACAGAUUAUCAUAUUUCAUCUGUCGAACAGUGCAGUGGGGAUCGACGUGUCUCCAGGAAGCGCAGAGAAUUGUGGGGAAAACAAAGACUUCUGUCCGCCUUUGCUGGAUCAAUUCGUACUUCAAGAUGCAUAUUUUUUUGGGAAUCAUGAUGAAUCAUCCACGAUGGAAUGAAUCUCUUCCUGUUAUCUGCAUUUUCAUCUGUGUCAGACCUGGUAUCUACCCUCAGAAUUAUCCAGAAGAUUCUUCUACGUGAACUCUCUUUCCCUAAGCCCUAAGCCUAACUUAGAACGUCUGGGUUCUGCAACUGCGUUUGGGUUGUUCCUUGUUUCCCAAUAUGUCUUCCUUUUGCCUCUCACAACCACUACUUUCAUCCAGGCACAAGAGUGGUGGGCCGACAAGAGUUGCAGCAAUGACGGAUGUGCGAAGGUGAUCGACCAAAGAGGACAGGUCUGGCGGUGGUUUAGCUAUUGUCUUGUUCACGUCGAUUUUGAUCACGUUUACUUCAACUGCUUCUUCGAACUCUUACUCGGACCAUCGCUAGAGAUGGUUCACGGCCACGUACGGUUUAUUCCGCUAUGCCUUCUAUGCGUUCUUGGUGGUGCGUUGGCGUGUGGUGCGAGUGAUGCGACAGGUCGGGUGGUUGGGUCGUCGGCAUAUGUGUGGGGACUAGUGCCGAUGCACGUACUAAUUGCUUUCUUACCAAAAAUUUUUGGAAACGAAGCAAUGUUUAUUUACAACUCAGCUUUCCUACCGUACUACUAGUUCUCUUUCUUCGUCUUCAAACCCUACAUCAUUCUUCACAUUCACAUUAUCAUCUCCACCACAGAUGUCAUCCGUCAUCCUGAAUUGGCCUGAACUCGGCCAUACCCACGUAGCGGGCAUGCCCGAAAACUGGUUUCGCAUGUGUUUGAUCUCCCUUCUUGGCCUUACCAUGGCCUGGUCCAUGGCUGACGACAUAGCUGCGGGAACCGGUGUCUCGCACGCAGCACAUGCUGGCGGAUUUGCGUUUGGGUUGUUCUUCAGUCUCAAUUUCGUUAAGAACGCGGUACCCGAACAUUGGGAGACGCAGUUGCAGAAAGCGACUCUAGUGGGAGCGGUGGUUUACACGAUCGUGUGCAUUAUCCUGAUCGCGAUGCAGAACGAGGAAGACAUAUUGGGAAACAAGGAACACUGCGCCUGUUGCGCGAAGUGUGUUGCCACAACAGCCGCAACCACGCUGGCUCCAGGUGUAACGCCGGCUGUAACGCCUUAAGCGUGCCAUUUAUAUUUAUCGAGGUACCUACAUCACCACAACUCGGUUGAACCAUAAAAGAACGAACAAAGUGAAGAUGCAUAGAGAAGAAUGUAUAUGGGGUUUCCUUUGGUAGCAUAAACAUUGAACAUAGUCAUACACGAAAUCACCGUUGAACAUAGUAUACCAAGACAUGCCAUAGUGUAAAAGGAAUGGCUCUACUUGUCUAAAAAUCGUACAACCUUAUUUUUCCAAAACAUCAUGUUGAACAGGAAAAACAGAUAGGUGGUCGUCCCAUGCUUGAGAAUACCCCAAUAAAGAAGAGUAAUUUAUUUUGAUUAACCUCGUCGUAACUGGAAAAAAGCCUAACUCGUCCCUUCUAUUGUGUGAUAUUUCUAUGGCAGUAUUCAGAAAAAACGACAAGAAAGAUCUGAACUUUUUUUCGGAAUUUUUUUUCGGAUCUAUAACGAACAGGAAUGAACUUCGAUGAGUUCCAAAUGAAUGCGGGGGAUGAAUGGAAAUCUGAAAGAAUGAAC